UAGUAUCGCGAGUUUACCUCGGCUCAUUGGCGUGAACUAAGUUGCUUCUUCCCGGGAACAGAAACGUUUCAAUUUAGCUAACUGUUAAGCCUCCUUAAAUUAUACCGUAAAGUUAAGUCUUUACUUGAUGGUAUAUUAACUUUACUUCAGCUCUAGACUAAUGUCGGUUUACAGGUCACUGGUAGCUUAGCUACAGUUCUAUUUAAUGUUUUAGUCCCCAGCGUUCGAAAUGUAUGGAUGCUAACGGCAGCUAGCUAGCUUGCUAGCUAGUCAGUCGCAGUUGUUUGAAAACCAUCGGUAUUUAUCAUAGACAGUAUAUAAGAAGGUAUUUAUCCAUAAAGAAAAUGUCUACGGAGAAGAGGACAAGCUGGAUACUGACAGGCACUACUGUCGCUUGUGUAACCGCUCUGUAUGUGCCCUGUGUGCAGAGAACUGUCCCCGGUGGAGACUCAGGAGAGCUGAUCACCACUGCUUGUGAGCUGGGGGUGGCCCAUCCUCCAGGAUACCCUGUCUUUACCCUACUAGCUCGCCUGGCUAUGUGUCUUCUGCCCUCACUUUCUCCAGCCCACAGUGUCAACCUGAUGAGUAGCCUGCUGGGGGCUGCAGCUUGUGGUGCCCUCUGCAUUACUGUCUGCAGGUUGGCAGGCCCUGGCCCCGGAGCAGUACUGGCUGGAGGGCUGUUCGCUGUGUCCAGGCUGAGCUGGCAGUGGUCCAUGGUGGCAGAGGUCUUUGCCCUCAACAACCUUUUUGUUGGUCUGCUCUUCUUUUUGUCUGCCAGCUUCCACUGUGCUGAAAACGCCACCCAGAGGAGGAAGAUUGCACAUUGGGGAGCGCUGUGCUGCGGCUUGGGGCUCUGUAACCAGCACACCCUGGUGUUGUAUGUACUGGUCAUCAUUCCCUGGGUCCUUCACCGACUUUACUCUCUCGGGGAGCUGUCUUUGCGGGGCCUUGUGUCUCUGGGAGUGUGUUUCCUUGCUGGCUUUCUGCCGUACAUCUACCUGCCCAUCUCCUCCUACCUCAACACAGCCCGCUGGAGCUGGGGGGAUCAGACCACCCUGUCUGGCCUCCUGACCCACCUGCUGAGGGCUGAAUAUGGCACCUUCAGUUUGGCAAAGACGGAGAGCUCAGUAAACCUGACUUUAAUGCUAAAGGCCCAGUUGGACCACUGCCUGGAAGACCUUUCACUUCCUGUUCUGGUGAUGGCAGGAAUAGGCCUUCUCCUCUCCUCAUGGGACAGGAUGUGUCGCUCAGUGUCCUGGCUGCUGACUGCCAUGCUGGUGGUCUACUCACUGUUUUUUGCUUGGAGAGCCAACCUGGACAUCAGCAGACCCCUACUGCUUGGAGUGGUUGAGCGUUUCUGGCUCCAGAGUGAUGCUGCAGUGUGUGUGCUGGCAGGCAUCGGCUUGAGCCGGACACACACUGAGCUGGAGAGGAGGCUGGGCUGUGGGGGGGUGUGGAAGACCACAGGCUGGGUCCUCACCAUGGCUGUGCUGGCACAUAUGGUGCACACCAAUCACAGGGAGUGCGAUCAGAGCAGAAACCGUGUGGUCGAGAGGUUCGGCAGGGAGCUUCUGGCCUCCUUCCCGACAGACUCAAUCAUCCUGACUAGAGGAGAUCUGCCUGGAAACUCCCUGCGCUACUUAUACUACUGCCAGGGUGUACGGCCCGAUGCACGUCUGGUCGACCAGGAGAUGAUGACGUACGCUUGGUAUGUGGCCAAGCUGGCGCAGCACCACCCUGGGGUGCACUUUCCUGGCCGCUGGUGGGACCCGGUCCACCCCGAGGAUAAAGACACCUUCAGUCUGGAGCAGUUUCUGUCCCACAACACACAGAGGCAUGUGUUUGCCUGCAUUGGGCUGCCUGAUGGAGACCCAAGCUGGGGACAUAGUUUUUCUCGUUGGCCCAUGGGUGUGUGUGACUACUUGGUGCCAGCUCAGAGGCAGUUUCACCCUGAAAAGUGGGUCCAUCGAACUCGCAACAUCUACAACUGGAGUGAGCCACACAACAGUUUCCAUCCUGCGUCCUGGGAGCGUGUCGCAAAUGAGGAGAUGUGGCAAGCCAGGAUGAAGACUGCUUUCUUUCUGUUUGACCUGGCAGAAAGGAUGCAGGGAGAAGGGAAAGCUCGCCUCUUUGAGCUGUCUUAUACUCUGUAUAAGGAGAUUGUCGAGGCCCACUCAGACUACCCUCCAAACUGGGACAAGAACUUGGCACUGGCCUGCGAGAGGCUGCUACGCUCAGGUCACCUGGGCUACAGUCCAGACAGCCUGCUGACCUGCAGCACCCAGCACUUUAGUCUCUACUUAGAGAAGGAACCCACAGAUCCCCAGACCCCGGCCAUACGCUCGGCCAUUACUAACCUGCUCAAAGAGAGAGACGAGCUCCGCCAGAGCCGGAGGCAAACCCCAUAACAACCCGGAGAGACCUACAUUGAGCUGGAACACUCAGUGUGCUGCGAGCCCAGCCGAAGUGCAAGGCACUGGGGACCAAGUCUGAGCCAAUGUGCCUGUUCUUUUGGUUUAAAGGUGGUGCUCCAGAACGAUAAAAUCAUGUGAGGUUGGGAGUCAAGAGGAAUGCUAAUGUACACGUACUGGGACGUAGGUAUCAAUCAGAACUCUGCACAGAGAACUACCACUCAGCAAUGCUUCAUUUGAUGAACGUUUACAGGUGACCAGGGACAGAGCUUGACUUCAGGAAUCCUUAACUGACCCCAAUCAAACUGCGUGCUCCCCUUAAAAUCACCCAUUCGAUUGCUUUAUCGUUACAUCUCGUUCUUUUUUUCUCUCUUCUUCUGCUCUCACAGCUUUUAACGUGCUGAUUAUUUUGCCUCAGCCACUGCUCUACUUCUCUUUUUCUCACAUUAGGAUGGCAAGGCCGAGAUUGAGGGAAAACCAAUUUGGGGGCAGAAAUGGGGGAUUAGAGCGUCUGUUUAAUCUAGCACAGACUUGUGCUGUGCCACACAGUCCUCACUCCGUAUAACCAGCACUACCCACCCAUCCGCCCACCCCUCUAUCCUUCCAUCAGUCUAUCUUUGAUGGUCCUUUAAAUGUUUAAAACUAAUGGAUUCCAUGAGUGUUUUUUCCCCCCUCUCUUCCUUCCUAACGGGAGGGCUAUAAUCCCUAAUGGAUUUAAAUGAAAUGUGAAAUGUCACAAUGCCAGGGACCCUUUUAGAGGUGCAUUUCUGGGUACAUGCGAUGUGAGUGUUUGCAUGUCGACGUGUGUGUGUGAACAUGCUUAAAUCUCCACCCAAGCCUUUUCCCUGCCGGAACCGCAUAAAAUAUAGUCAAAAAACCAAUGUGCACACUGAAAAGAAAAGCACUGUGAUCAUCAGACAAGCACAAAGGCAUGCAAACUCCAGGGACACACGUAGACACGCAAGACUGUCAGCUUCCCAGCGCCCAGGACUUUUUGCCCUGUGAGGGUUGCUGGAGAGACGAUGUAGCAUGCAAACGCAGUGAGUGGACCAGACUCACUUGUCUUUGGCGUGUUCUUAGGUUCCAAAACCUCAGUUACACACUGUAAAUGCUGAUGUUAAUGAACUUUUUGGCCAUGAAAUUUGUUGCACUAGGUUAAACCAGUCUAUUGCUAUAUGGUUUUAAAACACUGCUAAAAGAACCUGCUGUUUGAGAUGCCACUAGAAAGUGAAGGACAGUAUGUGCAUGUGUAGUUUUCUCAGACUGUAAUCUGCCCUCUCUGUUCACAGGCCUGGUUAGCGGCUGUCAGCUGGCUAGAUGAUGAGAUUCGACCUGCUGUAGCACAGAUGGUUGAACUUUCUAUAGAUUCAAAAAUUUCAAUAAAGUUUAUUUUAAUACA